UCCAGGAGCUGGUGUCAGAGAGGAUGUGUUUCUCAUCUGGAGAGAAAUGGAAGAAGCCUGCAGCACACUGACUCAGGUCCGGAGACUGGUGGACAAGUCUCCUCAGUCGGAUGCGUCCCCAGCAUACUACAGAUCAACGUCUCUUGAGAGUAAGGAAAACAGAGAAGACACAUGGGAUUCUCAGAAGUGGCUCCAGAAAUAUGGCUUGAAGGCUCAGAAGCUGACCUUUUAUGAUGUCAUUGCUGACUGCUCCUUCCGCCAUGCUGAUGGAGUUGUUGAUAUAAAAGGCAAACCAGAAGAUGAAUCUGUACAGACCAGCGCGGACACCAAUAGGAAGACAGUUCAUGCCAAAUACUGCAGCAGAUUCAUCCACGUCCCCUGGAAGGAUGGGACCUUGGUCCAUGUCAGCAUUACCAAGGAGAAGUGCAAAUGGUACAGUGAGAGAGUCCACAUAGCCCUGGCCAGGAUCCAAAGGAGGAUUAAGUGGCUACAGGAUGGGAGUCAAGUCCUCUUUGGAAAAGUGAGUGGAGAUUGCAUCUAUGUCCUCAUCGACACAUCUCACUCAAUGAAGAGCAAACUGGACCUGGUGAAGGAGAAGAUCAUUCGGCUCAUACAGGAACAGCUGAGAUACAAGAGCAAAUUCAAUUUUGUGACGUUUGACGGUCAGGCAAUUGCUUGGCGGGAAAAUCUUGCUGAAAUCAAUGAAGAUAAUUUGGAACAGGCUGAGUCGUGGAUUAGAGACAUUAAGGUUGGAAGUUCCACAAAUACCCUGAAAGCCCUGAAAAUUGCUUUUGCUGAUCAAGAAACGCAAGCCAUCUACCUUUUGACAGACGGGAGACCUGAUCAGCCACCAGAAAUGGUGAUGGACCACGUCAGACUUUUCAAGAAUAUUCCCAUCUAUGCCAUUUCCUUCAAUUACAACGACAAGGCUGCAAAUGAGUUCUUGAAGGAGCUUGCGUCUCUGACUGGAGGAGAGUUCCGUGCUUAUGAUUUUGGUUGCAAGAAUCCUGUCAUUCAGGAUGUUGAGGAUGUUCAGCAGGAUGAAGACAUGAGCCUUUUGGUUCAGGAAAUGCAGCAGGGCUACAGUGACCUGGAGAAGAUUCAGGAGCUUUACUCGGAGACCUUAGUCAUGGACUGGUGGUACAACAGAGGAAAGGAAGGGGACAGCAAGCAUCAAAAGGAAAUCUCCUCCAUGGUUUCAAGCCCAGAAAAAUGUGCAAACUCUCCAUCGGAUGUUGACUCAAAGGCUGUGUCGCCUCUAAAAGUGUUGAAAGGACCACGGAAGGUUUUAGAUGGGAAGACACAGAAGAAGAAAGUCCUCCAUGCAGAAUCAACCAAAACGAGCCUCCUCAGAAGCUACGUAUCCUUCCUCAAGAGCCGCAGCGACAUGAAGGAUGGCUCCAACUCCAGCAGCUGCGUGACUACUGCUCUGAGUGACAGAGAAAGGAGCAUCCUGCUGAUGAAUAAGUGCCUACAAGACAAAUUGCCAGAGAGACUCACUGAAACCCGAAGCCAAGUUAAUGACCACACCUCUGCAGACAUGUCCUCGGAAAAGUGGCUCCAAACCCAUGGCCUGGUGGCCAAGAAGCUCACCAUCAUGGAUGCCUUGACUGGGACGGUAGUGCCCCGAAGCGCCACCUAUGUCCCCAUCCUGAAUAAGCACGUUGUCUCCAAGGUCUUUAAUGAGGUGUCCCCUCUAGCACACGCGUGCAGUGACACCAAUAAGAUGGUAUUAAUUAACCCCCAGGGAGUCAAACUCAAUAUCUACAAGCAAAAUGUGGAGCAGGCCAUUAAAUCCUAUGAAAAACGCUUAAAUAAAAUUGUCUGGCAAGCUCUGUCUCAAGAGGAAAAAGAGAAGUUGGAUGCAAUCAAACCCAUACAGUACUUGGAACACAAGGCAGUUUUAAACAAAGCCCUGGAGAGGCUGAAUUGGCCCAUUUCGUUGAAAGAGCUAUCGCUGCUGGAGAAUGAAAUCUUGGUUGGGAAAAUGUACAUCCAGCAAGCUAUGGAGCUCCAGGAGGCCGCCAGGAAGAACUGCGUGAGCAAGGCCUUGGAGGAGGAGCAGAAAUUACAAGGGUGUCCAACAAAGAAAGUCAGAUCCAGGAAAGUAGAUCCCCUCAGAGGUCAGAAGGUCAUUGCCAGAUGUGAGAAGAAUGGCUUCUAUUUUCCAGGGGUUGUGAAGAAAUGUGUGAGCCCCACUCACGUGCUGGUAGACUUCAGGUAUGGAGAAACCACGAUUGUGCCCAUCUCCUUCAUCACACCCAUUGGGGGCGCCAUGCCCUGCCCACAACUUCAGGUUGGGGAUUAUGUGUUUGCCAAAAUCGUGACAGACAAAGGAUUUGACUUCUAUGUCCCCGCCAUUGUCAUAGCCCUUCCAAAUCAGAGUGUGCCUUCGGAAAAAUUCUAUACAGUGUUGAAGUGUAACAACCGCCGAGAAUUUUGCCCUCGGAGUGCACUUAUAAAGAUCAGCCAAAACAAGUAUGCUCUCUCUUGCUCCCAGAUAAAAGCAUCCCCAGUUGAGAAGGACCGAGCUGUGGGAGAAGCAGAGACAAGUAAAUCUUUCCCACUCUGGUCAGUGACUGAAGACGACCUUGGAAAUUUGAAACAGCCGAGGCAAGAGACCCUUAGAAAAAAGAAAAAGAAGCCCACCAAGAGAUCAUUUCUCCGGGAGAUGAUGUCCUCAGAUUCGGAUGGCUCUUCCCAUGGCACCAGAGAAGGCUCUCCACUAGAGGCCUAGGACACUGCCGUCCUUGCCUUCGCUGCUACAAGGCCACCAGGAGCAGCCCUGCCCUGACCGAUGCCAGCCACCCGCAGCGCAAGGGGCUGAAGACCCACGGCUGAGGAGCCCUAAGGCACACGCCCUAGUGGCAGCUAACUUUAAGCAAGCCACGGCUCCUCUAGGGCUUCACAGAUCCCAGCCUCUGGACCCUGUGGAGCAAGCCUCUCUGCUGAGGUAAGGCUUGCCUUCCUUCCAUCCAGUGCCUGCCCUGUUGAUGAGAACCAGCUUCCCGACCCCCACCCCCACCCCCGUCCCCCAACCUACUGUUUGAGCUUAGGGAUUUUUUUUUCCUGGCCAUUCUGUAUCCUGCUUCCCCCACCCCCACUGCCACAAACGGUUCUCAGUCUUUUGAUACGCCCUGCAUACAUAACAGCACUAGCUUGAUAGGCGACAGUCACAAUGUCCUCAGGGUUUUGGCGGGGAGUCCGUGGAUUUAGGCCCCACACCGACGGACAGCCUUGUUUUAAAUUGAUUCUUCCUUGUGAAUUGAGAAUUCUGUCACCCAACAUGAAGGCUGAAAUUAAGACCCGGUUGGUAGCUUGUCUGAGAUCUGUAAGACUGAGCCCUCUCUGUGUUACUGUUUUCUGAACACUUUUAUUGAGCCCUUCCUAAUUGGUUUUGUCUGUAGUCUGUUGUAGGUACCUCUAAUUGAGUGCAGAGCCUGAAUAAAAUCUCUUACAUUGGAA